CUUGCCUUAUAAAACAGCACAGUUUUUUUCGGGUAAUUAUUAUGUUAUCGGCCUCAUGUGGCUUUCAUUAUCCUUUAAUGGAUGAAAAAAAACCAGAAGUGACCCCAAGACACAACGAAUCUCUGCAAUUCCUAAACUGCAAUCCUUCAGUUACUUAUGGCCUCCCUCACCAUCUUCCUUACCAUCCAUGGGGAUAAUAUGCACUUGCAUGCUCUUCCUGUUUCCAUCAGCCCCGUCCGUUUGACGCUGAACGUCACUUCCGCUGCUGUCUCGCUCUCCCGUUAGGGGAUUGGUGAGGCAAGAUGGCGGCGCCAGAGGAACAGGAAUUAUCUCAGGCGCAGACUGAGAAACUACUACAGUUUCAGGACCUAACGGGCCUAGAAUCCAUGGACCAAUGUCGUCGCACGUUAGAACAGCAUAACUGGAACAUUGAGGCAGCUGUGCAGGACAGGCUGAACGAACAGGAAGGUGUUCCCAGCGUGUUCAACCCCCCGCCAACCAGACCCCUGCAGGUCAACACGGCCGACCACAGAGUCUAUAGCUAUAUCGUCUCCAGGACACAGCCCAGCGGGUUGCUAGGAUGGAGUUACUAUUUAAUAAUGCUCCCAUUUAGAUUUACAUACUACACACUACUGGACAUAUUCAGGUUUGCCCUGAGCUUCAUACGGCCGGACCCCCGGGGGCGUGUGACGGACCCCGUGGGUGAUGUCGUUUCCUUCAUUCACAUCUUUCAGGAGAAAUACGGACGAUCCCAUCCCGUCUUCUACCAGGGGACGUACAGCCAGGCUCUGAACGAUGCCAAACGCGAGCUGCGUUUCCUGUUGGUGUACCUCCACGGCGAUGACCACCAGGACACCGAUGAUUUUUGCCGGAACACAUUGUGCACGGAGGAGGUCCUGACGUUCAUCAAUACCCGAAUGCUAUUCUGGGCUUGCUCCACCAGUAAGCCUGAAGGAUACAGAGUCUCCCAGGCCCUGCGGGAGAAUGCCUACCCCUUCCUGGCUAUGAUCGUGCUGAAGGACAGGAAGAUGACAGUCGUGGGCAGGCUGGAGGGGCUCAUCCAGCCCGAGGACCUGAUCAACCAGCUCACCUUCAUCAUGGAGGCCAACCAGCCUUUCCUCACCUCCGAGAGACUAGAGAGGGAGGAGAGGAACCAGACGCAGGUGUUGAGGCAGCAGCAGGAUGAGGCCUACCUGGAGUCUCUCCGCGCUGACCAGGAGAAGGAGCGCAAGAGGAGGGCGGAGCAGGAGCAGCGUCGGCAGGAGGAGGAGCUAGCGCGCCAGAGCGUCCUCGCCGAGGAGAGGCGGAGACGGACGCUGGAAGAGGAGAAGGAGCGCAAGUCUGAAUGUCUUCCCCCGGAACCACCUCUAGACGAUCCAGACGGCGUCAAAAUCGUCUUCAAACUGCCCAACGACUCCCGAGUGGAGCGGCGGUUCCUCUUCACCCAGUCUCUGACGGUAAUACACGACUUCCUGUUCUCCCUGAAGGAAACUCCAGAGAAGUUCCAGAUAGUGACAAACUUCCCACGCCGCGUCCUGCCCUGUCUCCCCACCGAGGAAGAGCCCCAGCCCCCGACACUCAAAGAGGCGGGGCUUAGCCGCUCCGAGGUCCUAUUCGUGCAAGACCUCACGGAUGAUUGACACCUACCAAACCUGUCGUAUUCAUGGAGAGGAUCAUAUAUAUAAACGCAUAUAUAUUUUUAUUCCCCCCCCCCCACCCCACCCCUGCGCCCAUUUUGUUUUUUGUCAUACACCUGUUGUGCACUGGGGAUCAGUGGUACCGACCUAUUUGUGAAAUAUUAUCUGAAACCUCCCACCUCAUCCAGGACUGGACUUUAAAAAAAAUUAUUAAAAAAAUAAAAAAACUUUUUUUUUUUUUCCCACAUCAAGGAGUGUGAUGCGAACUGCCUGUACAGUGAUGACUUGGAUAUUUAAUAAUAAUGAAGUCGUUUCCGGCCUAAAAAUUGACCAUAUCCUCUUUAGAACGGAAAGAAAUUAAAUUUAAAGUUUGCUGUAAUUGUAUUUGUUAUCAAAAGACCAAAGGAGUGUUAUUGGUAAUAUAAGAAACGGACUGCUUGCCGUUCUUAAACUAUUAAAAUUUGAGAAACACAAGAAGAGAAGUGGCGACUGCUUUCACCUGUGGCUGUAGCCUACAUAGCAUAGUUCCAGUGCCUAGGGAGUGCCUGUGGUAACUCAUAGAUGCCUAUUUUGCCCUUCUAAUAUCGGAAUGGGCCGGUCAUGUUAAGAUGUCAUUUUUCCAACUAUAAAUGAAAACAUUUUACAUUUUUUUUCUAUUUAUUGAAAAUAACAUUUAGUUUCGAGCUCUGGAUGUUGUUUACACGUUUCCAGAGGUUUGUGUUUCAAGGAGCUCCAUUGAUUUUAAUAUUUUUGUAGGUAUGUGGAAACCAAUAAUAAAAGAAAAUGGUUAUGCUAAA